AUGGCCCAAACUGGACAGGAAAUAGACCUUGUUGUACUCGAUGAUAUAAUCAAUCGGCUAUUGGAGUUCCGGCUAGCGAGAACCGUCCGACAGGUUCAGCUUUCAGAAGCAGAGAUUCGUCAACUAUGUGUCACUGCUCGAGAAAUCUUUCUUCUACAACCUAAUAUUCUAGAGCUCGAAGCUCCCAUUAAGAUAUGUGGUGGCAUUCAUAGACAAUAUGGUGAUCUGUUAAGGCUGUUUGAAUAUGGAUGGUUUCCUCCAAAUGCAAAUUACUUGUUUUUGGGGACUAUGUGGAUCGUGGGAAGCAGAGUAUUGAAACCAUAUGCCUUUUACUCGCCUACAAAAUCAAAUUCCCUGAAAACUUCUUUCUUUUAA